AUGGCGCCUCCGUUCUCUGAUCAGAAGUAUCAUCCUGGCCAAAGCCGUAGGCCAAAUUAUCCCCGCAGCGACCGGGAUGGCCGCAUGUAUGACGAUCCUUCGCGAUCGCGCUCGCCUGGCGGUACAAGCUCCUCCCCGCACGGCCAUUCCGGCUCUCCUCCCCGCAGACCGACCGACCGCAGGCGCGAGUACUCCCGCGACCGCGACGGCCACCGCGAUGACCGAACCCACCGCAGCUCACGAUCGCCACCUCGCCGAGGCAGGCAUGGAUACCGAGACUGGGACCAUGAAGGCAGGGGCUACAGUCGCAGUCGCAGCCCUCGACGUGAUCAGCCAUACCUCGGCGAAGAAAGCCGAGAAGUGAUGCUGGAGAACUUCCCAAUCGAUAUGACCGAGAAUGAUAUUGCAACGGAACUCAGAAAUGCCUAUCAUGUUGACGGCCUCGAGGAUGUUCGAGUCAUUCGUGAUCGUCAAACGAUAUCUAACUAUGAAUCCGCUAUGAUAGAGUUGUCGAAACAGCUUGGCUUCUUGCGAUUCCCGACGAUUGAGGAGUCGCGAGCAUUUGUUGAACAGAACCACCGGGGUAUCUACCUGUAUGGACCAAGUGCUGGUCCCAACGACGGAAGUACCAAAGUACGCAUUGCGUACAGCCGUGAGAGGGAAGACCGAACCAGGGCAAAAGGAGAUGGUGAUUGGAUGUGUCGCAUGUGCGCUAUCGUCAACUAUGCCACGCGCGUGAAGUGUUUCAAGUGCAACGCUCCCCGACCUGAGAUGGCCUCCACUGGCAUCCCUGGGGUUCCUGCCCCCAAGGUAGUGAACAACGGUGAUAAUGAUGCUGCACCUGAGAGUCAACCGUCUCAAUUUCUUCUAUUCCGCGGGCUGGAACCAUCCGUUACCGAGGAACUGCUUGCGAAAGGCGUGGCCAAACUGUAUCGUCCAUCUGGCAACAAUGACACCGCCUCUGGUAAUCAAAAGAAAGGCUCAAAGGUAGCCUCAACCACUGGUGACAGCAAUCUUGGAGCUCGCGACGGCUCCAUCCGACGUGUUUUGCUUGUACGUGAUCGCAAGACUAAUGACAGCUGGCGCUAUGGCUUCGCCGAAUUUGCAGGAAUACUGGACGCUCAAGCUGCGAUGACCCGCUUGAAAUCCUUCGAAAAGUUCACCAUUUCGUCAAAGCCUGUUAUGGUCAGCUACAUCCACGCAGGAGUGUUUAUCCCAGUCAUGACUCCCACGCCCAAUACUGCUCGCUUUUCGUUCAGUCCAUUGAACAACCCAGCGCUGAAGCUUAUGUAUUGGGAUGAUGAAGGCUUUGUCAAUGAACUCACCCUGUCACGAGAGGAAGACGACGAUGCGAACGAGCAGCAGCAGGGAGACAAGUCUGCUUCGCACCCGAAUGACAAGGGCAUCAAAGAUUCAGAGAAAUCCAAGAAGAGGAAGGCGGACGCAGCGGUCAGCGCCAACGCCAAAAAGCUCGCGAUGCCAUCCCAGCUGCAAUUUUGGAGCAACCGUCACGCUGAGCUCCAUGGUAUUCCUAAGGAUGCCGAUGGAAACCCUGUUGAAUCUGUCCCCGAACAGUCUGGACCGUCAAGAAAUGCGGCUACUCCCCCGGCUCUGUCAUAUAUCAACCCCAAGCGUAACUGCUGCUACCUGUGCCAGAGACUUCUCAAAGAUCUUCGCCAUGCCUACGGGCAUGAGCGUCAGAGUGACCUCCACAAAAAAAAUUUGCUGAAGUCAGACCGUUUAGAAUACGGCAUGAGAAAGCUUAUCAAGCAUGGCCUUGUUCAGCCGCCUACCGAUGAUGCGCAGCAACUUACCAAUGACUAUCGAGACCGUGCAAAGGAACGCCGUCGGGCAUUUGGACCACCCACCAUCGGUGGCCGCCCCGCCCCAGCCGCACCCCAGGAGGACGAAGCCCCUGUGCAGUCGACCUCGAAGGGUGCCUCUCUGCUCAGCAAGAUGGGAUGGUCGGAGGGUUCUGGCCUUGGUGCACAAGGUACUGGUCUGACAGCCCCAAUUGCCACUGAAGUCUACGCUCAGGGUGUCGGACUAGGUGCCCAAGGAGGAAAGCUAGGUGACGCAACUGAAGAAGCCGGUCGAAACACCCGGGGCCGUUACGACGAGUUCCUCGAGAAGACUAGGGACAACGCCCGCCAGCGCUAUGAGAAGAUGGACCAGUGA